AUGUCCAGAGAACAGUGUGCUAUUACGGACGGCGAUCCAUUGUCUAAAAUGGUGGUCCUUCAUACGAAUUUGCAUCAGCUGAUUCAAUUGAAUGACAUACCCAUGAAGGAUCUCCUCAAAAAUCAGAAUCCCUUUAGAAUGGUUUUUGAAUGGUACAAACAGUUUAAGCAACAGGUUAACAGAGAACCUUUUUAUACAGCUCGUGUCAGUGCCUGCUCCUCCAAUGGUCCAAAAUUGUCAUUCUCAAUGCAAGAAUAUAUUGAAACACUGUUUAAAGGACCUUCGGGAAAGGAUAUGUUCGCCGAUUUACCUGAAGUUAUGGGAAAUAGUUUUGGGAAGUUUAACGUCGACAAACUCAAUCCCUCAGCGAUCUUUACUUUGAAUAUUUUCAAUGACUUUGUGUACUCGAAAUCACCACCACAUGUUAGAGACCAAGCCACAAUCAUUCCCUCAUUGUUUCACGUGGCACGCCAAGCAGUGACGACCAACAAUGUGAAUGACAUCAAAAUGGAGCCAAUGAUCUGUUCUGACAGUGGUUUGCAACGUUCAUCUCCUUCUUCAGUCGUAAGCAUUGGUGAAAACGCUGGACCUCAAACUCAGCCCCCAAAGUUGAGCGAAAUUCGACAAGAGCGGAGAGAAAUGAAUAAUGUAGUGAAAGAAAAAGAGAAGAGCGGAGAGAAAUUGUUGAAAACAAGAAUCAGAAUUCCAAGUCUGUUACAACUCUCUCUCAAGACAACUUUCAACAUCUAA